GUUCACGCCGUCUGAGCUUCGAGGGAAGUUGUAGUGAGAUCUACAGUGCACAUGGAAGAAUCACUUUCACUUCUUCAUUGACACGGGGGGCGAAAGUACCUCCAAUCCGGAUAUCAAGCGGACCGUUUAGCAUCACUUAGUUCACCCUCUCCAUUUACACUUCCCUCUCCGCUGGGCUCCAUACCUGCUCCAUCUCCAAAAAAACAACAUCACAAUCCUGGCCGAUCCGCCGCCCGCCCUCGUCCUCGUGUUCGCAGCCCAGAGAUCAAAGAUCUCCCGACGACUUGUUCCCUCGACGUGUCCUUUCUCUGCCUAUAUCGUCCUUUCCCCUUGCAUCCCACAACUAGCGGACCUUACCAAUACCUGAUACCUGGCGUCAACGAGCACGGACCCAAAGCUGGUCUCAUCGAGUUCCUCCCUUGCAUAUUUCACCUCUAGAUCCCCCAAGUUGUGGACGUUUUCUGCAACACCUUUCCAUCCAUGAUUGGGCAGAGAUUGGCGCGCAGGAGUAAAUCUGGAGGAACACAAUGAGCAUCGGGGAUGGGAACAAGAGCAGGCCCAGCUGCCUUCUUUCAUCUUCAAGUGAUCUGAAGUUGUCGAGACGGCCUCCCACUGCAUUCGAGGCAGGCUGAUUAGUGCUUUCCGCUACCGCAGUCUUACCGUCGCCGGAAAAAGAGAAUAAUUACCACUUCUCUCAUCGGAGCUCACGGCGUCGAGUCUUUCGGAAACGAUGCUUACGGCACCUCAACGUUACGUGAAUAUGAUGGAUCCCAUCAGAGAUCCGAACAUCUAUCAACGCCCGCCAAUUGGUGCGGCUCCUCGACAAUAUGCCAUUCCCGCUAACUCGACUAUUCUUGGACAUGGACGUUCACGAUCUACAGGACUCAGCUAUGCAGAACAUGAGAUGAUUAGACACCGGAAGACACCUAAUGGCGGGAGGUUGUAUGAGCCAGACACAGCUGCAUUGGACAAGAGCGUGCAAAUACCUGCGUCGAAGCACCUCAUCCUCGCUUCUUCACCCGAAUUUCAGCAUCCUACCCCUCCCUUUACCAAUUCAUCACCCUGGAACGAAACGAAACGUCCUCAGCGGUCAGAACGGUUCGAUGGAUCAGAUAGGGGAAGAGAUGGAAGACAAGAAAUGCAUUCUCAGCCCUACAGGCCCUCUAAACCGUUAUCAUAUCGCCCAGCUUGGGAUUUUCCUGGCGGACUUGAUUCAAUGCUCAACCAGACACUCCCACUACAGCCUACACAGAGGUACUAUGUCCAGCCUGGCUCGAACAUCCCCACCGUUCUUCCCGCUACCCUUCAAUCCCAAUUUGGACCGACCGCGUCAGCUGGCCAGGAGUUGUAUGGACCAUAUUGGCCAGAUGGGACGUACAAUCCCUAUCGUCCUGCUGCCAUUCGAGACAGCCGUUUCUUUCCACGUGCUCCGGCCGAGAGGUUUCCCUUAGACCAUCACUUUGAGCACUUUCAUCCCCUUCGGAAACAUGGCAGGCUGCCGGUUGCACCGAACGACAGUUACCUGCAAAACAUGGCCCAGCAAAUGUUAGGUACACCCAUGGGAUUGACUGAGUCGCCUUCGUCGAAAUGGAAUCUUCACCAAAACACGUACCAUGGCCCACAGAACCCCUACGCUCAUCUAUAUCCAUUACGUGACCGCCCAAUGGCAGAUUCGGUGGCCUCUGUGACUGGACCAACACUGGUAUCUCUCAUGCCUGGACCACGCUCGGAGCGCAUUGCCUUUAGAGAUAAGACUUUCGCCUGGGCCAACAAAAUCUAUAUGGAUCUUCUCCAGACAAUCAGAUGCACUACCAAGGAACAGCGCUCGGGCACCCAUAAUGCUUCGGGGAUGAGGCCUGCACUGAAGCCUGCUAUUUUUCCGAAGCCGCCCAUCAGAUCUGGAUCACACUUCCAAAUUGAAUCGACGGACCGACCACCAUCCCAGCGGCGGGAUUCUUCUAAUUCGUAUCUGAAUACAGGCACCGAACAGUCAACGUACGACAUUCCAUCGCGACCACAGACCGCCAUAUACAGACCGCCUAAAGCGUUGACUACGCAAGAUUUUCAGUCUUUUCCGAGCCACCCCGAGUCCAAAAAUAUACCUCGUCAACCAUAUGAAGCAGGACAACAAUUGCAAGAGAUAAGGCAGGUCAGCGCCAGGAUCAACAAUUUCCCACAGAUACCCUCUUUCGAAUCGGCAGUCUCUGCACUCCAAACUAUGGAACUGCUUUGUCAGGAAGCUGAUGCUCCCUGGGUGGAUGGCAUGUUGCUGGCAGGUUGUUUGGCUUACGGCCUGGGCAACUACGUGAAAGCUGAGGAAUGGUACAGGGCAGUUUUGCGACAAGACCCUGGCCAUAUUGAAGCCAUGUCCAACCUUGCAGCAACCUGUCACGCCCUCCAUCGCCGCGAAGAUGCGCUGAAAUAUUGGUCAGACGCUGUCAGCUUACGACCGAGCUACUUUGAGGCCGUGGAGCAUCUGAUCGGGCUGCUGUGUGCGAGCCACAGAGCGAGAGAGGCUGUCAGUGUGAUCGAAUACGUGGAGAACACGCUUCGGAUCCGGGGCGACGAUCCUCAAAGCUCUUGGGCCGAAUUAAGUGAUGCAGAAAGCGAUACCAAAAGCCACGCUUCUAGCAUCAGCACAGUCGCUUCGUACGACAAUGCCCAGUAUGACUACGAUCCCGAUUGCAGCCAGAAUAUCUCAACGGGUUCCGAAUCUCAGCCUCCUGGCUAUGGUACUAGCGGCUAUGCCAUUUCCGGGGCAGACAACGGCCGGAUGCUGGCUCUUGUGCAUGCCAAGGGAAAUAUGUUAUAUGCCCUAGGCCAAAACCACGCUGCGGCUGUGGCAUUCGAGGACGCCGUCCUAAUCUCCACAGGUCAGAGGAAACAAGGGAUCAGGGGUCUGAUCGAUGAUAUUCUGACGGCCUGUCUAUGUACCGUCCGCGACCGUGAAUAUGUCCGCGCAAAGCUCGAGAGUAAGGAACCUAUUUUGCUGGCACCCGAGCGCGCCGAAGCCACUGCCAGGCACAUGUUUCCACCCGAGGGCAAUUUACCUGGUCUAGAACAUGUUUCGCCGUCCUUUGCUGUCCAAGCCGGAAUCUCCACCACUAGCAACUCCCUCCUUUCGCUCGCCAAAAUCUAUCAGGAUGGCAUGUCCAAUGCGACAGAGAUUGGAAGCCUGAAAUCUCCGACGACAAGGGAGAUCCUGGCAUUGUACUACUUAUCACUAUCUCUACAGCGGAGUCCCUCGACAGCGAACAAUGUGGGAAUUCUCCUCGCCGGUGUUCAGCAAAGCGUGCAUCCCGAUCAUCUGGCCGAUUCGAACUUUACCCAAAUCUCUAAUAUACCAGGGGUUGUUGCCGGCACCGGGGUGUCAUUGGCAUUGAUGUACUACAACUAUGGCCUCAAUAUCGAUCAGAAGCACGCCCACUUAUUCACAAACUUGGGUAGUCUGCUGAAGGAUAUCGGGCAACUUGGCGCUGCUAUCAAAAUGUACGAACGGGCCGUCGCCUGCGAUGGCAGUUUCGACAUUGCGCUGGCCAACCUCGCAAACGCCGUCAAAGACCAAGGCCGCGUGGCUGAUGCCAUUGCCUAUUACAGGCGCGCAGUAGCAGCCAACCCCGACUUCGCCGAAGCUGUGUGUGGGCUGGCUACGGCCUUGAACUCGGUAUGCAGUUGGGAUGGCCGGGGAGGCAUAUAUACCAGUGACAUCGUGCGGGAUAGUCUGCAUGUGGACGAGAGAGGAAUGAAGCAACAACCGUCCCGGCCGUACGGGUGGAUUAACCGAGUGGUGGAGAUCGUCAAGAAACAGCUCAAGGAAGGGGAAACUUGGGGAUGUGGAACAUUGAACCCGGCAGUCAUUCACUCGUUGGCGAUGCAAUUGACCUUGCACAAGCAAUCCUCUCGGGACAACGGGCGAAGUCAGACACUGGAAACUGUCCAACAAGCCUUGCGAUACUGGUCUGGACAGAGAUGGGAAGGAUCUAGGAUCGUGCGACUUGUUGAACGCGCAAUCCGUCAGAUCGGGUGGCAGUGGUAUCAGGAUCGUUAUAAACGCCGAAAGGAAUACCCGGUUCGAAAAUAUGCCAGACCCUAUCUUCCUAACUCGCUGUCACCACCCUCGGCGCCAACAGUCCUUCCUUUCCAUACAUUCACAGCACCCCUCUCCGCCAAACAAGUCCGGCAGAUCUCACAGAGAAAUGCUCUCCGUAUCUCUGUCUGCACUCUUCGAUCUGCGUGGCUUCCAGCCACCGUGUUUCCUCCACCGUCGCCUCCAAAUCCCUGCCUGAACGUGGGGUAUGUCAGCUCGGACUUCAACAAUCACCCUUUGGCGCAUUUGAUGCAAUCAGUCUUCGGUCUGCAUGAUCCGUCGCGAGUGAGAGCGAUAUGCUACGCAACAACUGCCUCUGAUGGCUCCAUCCACCGGCAACAGAUCGAACGUGAAGCACCAGUCUUCCAUGACGCGUCGUCGUGGAGUGUGGAACGACUGGUCAACCAAAUUGUGGAAGACAACGUCCACAUCUUGGUCAAUCUCAAUGGAUAUACUCGAGGUGCACGAAAUGAAGUGUUUGCCGCACGCCCUGCGCCUAUCCACAUGUCUUUCAUGGGCUUUGCUGGCACCCUGGGAGCCGAAUGGUGCGACUACGUAUUUGCUGACACAAUAUCCGUGCCGCCAGACACACUCUCGCCAUGGCGCCGCAAUGUGGAUAUUGAGGAUCGACUCCGGACGGACUCGUUGGUGGAGGACGUCGAAGAUUGGGUGUACUCGGAAAACGUCAUCUUCGCCCGCAACACGUUCUUUUGCGUCGACCACAAGCAAAGCGCGCCCGACGCAGACAAGGGUCCUCCAAACACCAAAGAUCCCACUAAACGUGAGGCGGCUUGGGAACGCGAACAAGACAAGCGCUGGAAACUGAGGAAGGAGCUUUUCCCAAACCUUUCUGACUCGGCCGUGAUUUUGGGCAACUUCAAUCAGCUGUACAAAAUUGAUCCAGCCACGUUCGACAUGUAUCUCCAGAUUCUCCGGGCGGUUCCCAACGCAAUCCUGUGGCUAUUGCGUUUCCCGGACUUGGGGGAGCAGAACCUCAAACGCUACGCAGAGAAAUGGGCUGGCAAGCAAGUCGCAGAACGCAUCGUUUUUACCGACGUGGCGGCCAAAGGGACGCACAUCACACGCGCCUCUGUCGUCGACCUCUUCCUCGACACACCGGAGUGCAACGCUCAUACCACUGCUGCCGACACGGUGUGGUCCGGCACGCCCAUAGUCACGUGGGGGAAAUGGAAAUAUAAGAUGUGCAGUCGUAUGGCUGGGAGCAUUGUGGCUAGUGCACUACCAGAGGGCCGCGAAGGUGAUGAGGCAAGGAGGGAUCUACUCGUCCAAAGCGAGAAGCAAUAUAUUGACACGGCGAUUGAUCUCGCACUGGACCUCAAAUACACUUCGUCCGAGUCUAAUGGACAGAGGAUUGGGCGUGGGAGGGGGAGAUUGGUGGAUUUGCGGCGCAUGUUGUGGGAAGGGCGUUGGACGAGUCGGUUAUUCGAUACGAAGCGAUGGGUGAGGGAUCUGGAAAUGGCAUAUUGGUCAGCUUGGAACAAGUGGGAGAAAGGCGAAGGUGGUGACAUAUGGUUAUGAGGAGAGCAACGAACGGGACAUACAAGGCCGAGUUGGGGGGUUGUGCCUUUAUGCUUGAGAGAUUUCAAGGUGCAUUUUCAUGCAAGGAUGAGCAAGCGAGCGAGUUAACAAGGGACGAUAACCAGGGACGAUGCUCGUGGGCAUACGAGCUGGCGCGUUGUGACGGGACGAUUCUAUGAUUGCAACAAACAACCGGGCGGGAAAAGUUGACCUCCACGCGAAGGACAUGUAUGGGUGUUGAGGAUCAGACACACUAUGGGAUUUUUACUCCCUUUGGGAGUUGUGUUAGGGAGGACAGGGCUGGAUGGAGGAUCGUCCAAGCCUACGGGACAUGAAGAUACUUUUGACGACCUUUACGAAAUGAGAAAGACCGGCUUGAAGGUGCUUUGUGGCACUCGGCUUGCUGGAGUCCUGGGCAGGCUUGCUUGCUUGCUUGCUUGCUUGCCAGCCAUGUUUUAUCUGGCGCAUAUUAUUUUGCUGGAUCGUGUCUUUUGGAUGGUCGUUGUCAUUGUUCGCUGUGUCGCGGUGUGGGCAUCUAUCCACGGGGUUUCUUCCGCUUUGUGUGAUGUGAUGAUGGCACUAUCCUGACAGUGAUCUUCACCUUGCUCUUGUUCUUGUUCUGAUUAUCGAUAACGAUGUCGAUGUCGAUGUCAAUGUCGAUGUUGAUGUUGAUGUUGAUAUUCAUACCCAUAUAGACAACAUUCAACGG